UUCAUUUUUACAAGUGCUGAUAAAGUUAUAAAACCAAACUUAACUAAAAAAAAUUCCAUUAUAAUUUUUGAUGACGUUAUAUGUGGUCCGCAGUCAGUAAUCAGAGAAUACUUCUCAAUUUGUAGACAUUCAGGUGCUAGUUCAGUAUUUUAUUUAGCACAAACAUAUUCUAAAAUACCAAAACAGUUAGUAAGAGAUAACUCAAAUUUUUUAAUAAUACUAAAACAAGACGAUACAAAUUUACGUCAUAUAUUCAAUGAUCAUUCGUCUACAGAUAUGGAUUUCAUUGAAUUUCGGAAAAUUUCCCAUUUAUGUUGGAAUCAUAGUGAUUAUGGGUUUAUGGUUAUUGAUAAAACUCGGGAAAUGAAUGAAGGAAGAUAUAGAUGUGGUUUUCAUACUUUUAUUAAAAUAAAAUAAAUGUAAGUAUAAAUAUAAAUAUAAAGUAUAACUGAAAUUAUAUACAUUGUGUUGUCAAUAGUCAUACGAUACAGUUAUAUUCACAUUAUUAUUUGAAAUGAUUAAAGAAAAAGUUUUAUUGGAAAAUUUAAUAACCUCAAAAAAAAUAUAAAACGAAAAAUAAUGGAAAUGAAACGUGGUAUCAUAGAUUCCGACAACUAUUUUCGUGAAGCAUUUAAACCAAUAAUAGAACCAUUGACCAACCAAACAGAAAAGAAUACACAACCGGCUGAUGAAAUAAAACCGGAAACUUCAGACGUUAGUGAUGAUGAUAAUGAUAACGAAUUAAAUUCAUCAUUUUCAAAUUUUUUCAAUAAACGUCCUACAUCAAAACGAUAUGAUAAAUCAUAUGGUAUGUAUUAUGAUAAAGCCAGUGAUUCAUAUAAAAUAGGAGGCUACUCUGUAACUUUUAGUCAUGGUAACUUACAGUUAUUUAAUAAAUACUAUCCAUGGACUGAAGGACUAUGGUCUUUACUAUGUGAGAAAGAACCAAAAAAUACAACACUACAAGAUAUGGAAUCUUAUUACGACAUUUUAAAAACUUCACGAGCUCAUUUAAAAGCAGAUGGGAAACCUAAAACCUCAAAGUUUCAUAAAUGGACGAAUGUUGUAAAACCUCUAUACGAUAGAAUGAAAAAUGAGGAAAAGCAAUUAAACGAAGAAAUAGAUAAAAUUAAUAACUCAAGAAAUCCUCGAUUAAGUUUAGCACAAAUUACCGAUCAUUUAUCUAGAUCUAACGCUAAACGUAGUAAUAUUCAUAAUAAUACAACUAUACCAAAUGAUCCAUUUGAAUUUCGUCCAACAGCAAACAGUUCUAUGACUACAGAUCCAAAGAAUGAAAAAAUGUUUAAUUUUACUGCAACCCCAAAGGUUAAGAGAGGUUCUGGUUUAUAUAAAGAUGUAAUACCUCAAACACAAUUAGUUUAUUAUGACGAUCCGAAUGAACUAGUAACUAGAUUAAAUCUUCUAACAUCAUCACAAAAUGUUGGUAAUACUGGUGUCAAUAAUGAAAUUAUAUCAAUUUUAGAAGAAUUACGCGAGAGAAAUAUUAUAGUAUAAUGACAAUCUUAACCAGUUUAGCUGAGGAGUUACAUGGACCAGCGAGAAAAAUAUUUCCUAGACGAAGCGUAGUAACACGGUUUAAAGAUGAUCUCUGGCAAGCUGAUUUAAUAGACAUGCAACCACAUUCUAGACAAAAUAAUGGUUUUAAAUUCAUUUUAAUUAUUAUAGAUACAUUUACCAAGUAUGUGUGGGUAGAAGCACUAAAAAAUAAAACAGCAAAGGAGUGUACAAAAGGUAUAAUAAAAAUAUUAAAAAAAAAUCAACCAAAAUUAUUACAAACAGAUAACGGAACAGAAUUUUACAAUAAUGAAUUUCAAAGUAUAAUGAAUAAGUAUCAUAUUAGACAUUAUUCAACAUACAGCAGUAUAAAGGCUGGUAUGGUUGAACGCGUUAUAAGAACAAUAAAAAAUAAAAUUUACAAAUAUUUUACAUCAACAGGUUCAUGGAAUUGGAUAAAUUCAAUUUUUAAAUUAGUAUAUAAUUAUAAUAAUACAAAACAUUCAACAAUAAAAUGUUCACCACACGAAGCUCGGAUCAACCCGGUUACAAUUAAAAGAAAAACAUUACAAAUUAAUACAUCAAAUAAACUUAAAUUUAAAAUUAAUGACAAAGUGAUAUUAUUAAAGGUCGACCUCGUAGACGAAUAAUUUCAGAUUUUACGUGAGUCUGUGAUAUAGCUGCAGAAAUAAGUAUUAAAUCUGUACGUUGAUAGUUGCUGAAUUCGAAAUCAAUUAUAAUUAUUUUAUUUUUUGGUUUUUGCCUGUAAUUAAACAACAUCAAUUAAUAGUAUCAUAGUAUUAUUUUUAUCUAUGUUACUAAAAUAUAUUUUAAUAAAAAUAAAAUACUGAUUUCAUAAUUUUUUAUUUUAUAUAAAAUUUAGAUUAUUGAAUGUACUUUAUAUAUUUUAUUGAUUUAUUUUUUUUAUU